CAGCAACGAACUAGCUUUCCCUCCUACCCAACCACCUACACCUUCUAUAACUGCUAUGAACCAACUAUUCUCUAUUUUAGAAGACGAUAAUUCUGCUUUAACACCAGAAUUAAGAACACUUGUACAAAAUCGACAAUUUUGGGCAAAUGCAGAGAUUUUAGCAAAAAUAUUAUUACCCGCCAAAAAUGCUGUUAAAAUGGUCGAAUCAAAAUCUACAACAACUGGUGAUGUCUUUUUAUCUCUUAUUCAAAUGGCAACUGCUAUUAAUAUGCUUGAAAAUAGUUCAUCUGAACACAUAGAAUUUCGUAAACAAUGUGUUCAAUUUUAUAAUAAACGAUGGAAAGAAUUUGAUAUAAAAAUGUAUCUCUUAGCAUAUUUCCUUCACCCAAAAUAUCGAGGAAAGGGUAUGAAAGAUUCAGUAUUUCAUCAAAUUUUAUGUUCCGCUCUUGAAAUCUGGAAAAAAAUUACUAAUGGUAAAGGAGGAGUAACAAGCGCAAAUAUUUUAAUAGCACAACUUAAAAAAUAUGACGCUUAUGAACCUCCAUAUAACUUUACUUUUGUGGAAGGAAUUGAAUCACCAAAAACCUGGUGGUGUGGAUGUAAACUAGAAAAUCAUUAUUUACAAAAACUUGCUUUACAUUUAUUAGCAAUUACACCCCAUAGUGCAAGUUGUGAACGUAUAUUCUCAGUUUUAAGCUGGAUUACUCAAAAAAGAAGAAGCAG